AUGUCAGAAAGAUCGUCACGUGACACCCUUAAUGCUUUUUGUGAUGGAGUCAUUAAGUUAUAUCGGCAUGAAUAUUUGCGUAGGCCAACGCGUACUGAUACGCAACGCAUUCUUGAUCAUCAUGCGUCUUAUCAUGGUUUCCCCGGCAUGUCAGGGAGUCUUGAUUGUAAACACUGGGCUUGGGAUAAUUGUCCAAUAGCUUGGCGUGGCCAGUACACGCGAGGUGACCAUCACGGGCCGACGAUAUCGCUUGAAGCAGUUGCAUCACAGGAUUGUUGGAUUUGGCACACAUACUUUGGUGUUGCCGGUUCAAACAAUGACCUUAAUGUGUUGAACCAAUCUCCUUUGUUCAAUCCUUUUGAAGACGGCAUAGCACCGUUGGUUCCUUUCACUAUAAAUGGAACCGAAUAUCAGUACCCGUAUUAUCUCGUGGAUGGGAUCUACCCAAGAUAUGAGAUGUUUGUGAAAACGAUUGCCCAUCCAACCGAUGAGAAAAGGAUUCGAUAUGCUAAGGCACAGGAGGCUGCAAGGAAGGAUGUGGAGCGAGCUUUUGGUGCCACAAUGAAAUCUCACUCUUCAAAAAUACAAGAAAUAAUUUCGGAGUUCAAUAGUGUGAAAUCUCAAAACUUUGUUUCAGCAUGCACUAGACAAACUGACAAAGUCAAAGUAGGGAAAUAG